ACCACCCCGAUCCAGCCUCCAUGGAGCCUCUUGCCGGCCACUGGGAGGGGCCAGUGCACCCUGGGCAGCCCCUGCCAGAGCCCUGAGACCCGAGCCUCCCCACCGAGGGCACCUGUCUCGGCUUUGCCCCAUUCGAGCAGGGCCCUCGCUGAGGCAGGACAGGGCCACAUUAGGAAGUGAGAGGCCUCUGAGUCCCGCACAGAGCACGUCUCUGUCCCCAGCCCCCAAGGCAGCUGCCCCGGCGGGUGAGUCAGGCCGGGUCCGGAGACUUUCCGGGAGCGAGGGAGGGACAGCAGCGCCUCCUUCACGGGGAAGUGGCCCCGCUGGAGACUCUGGCCCUGAUUGGGCGCCGGGGCGGAGCGGCCUUUGCUCUUUGCAUGGUCGCGGGGGUAUAACAGCGGCGCGCGUGGCUCGCAGACCGGGGAGACGGGCGGGCGCACAGCCGGCGCGGACGCCCCACAGCCCCGCCGGGACCCGAGGCGAGGCGAGGGCUGCCAGUGUCCCGGGACCCACCGCGUCCGCCCCAGCCCCGGGUCCCGGCGCCGACCCCAUGGCGGCCGACGCGGCGCUACGCCGGCUCCUGAGGCUGCACCGCACGGAGAUCGCAGUGGCCGUGGACAGCGCCUUCCCACUGCUGCACGCGCUGGCCGACCACGACGUGGUCCCCGAGGACAAGUUCCAGGAGACGCUUCGUCUGAAGGAAAAGGAGGGCUGCCCCCAGGCCUUCCACGCCCUCCUGUCCUGGCUGCUGACCCAGGGCUCCACAGCCAUCCUGGAUUUCUGGAGGGUGCUGUUCAAGGACUACAACCUGGAGCGCUAUGGCCGGCUGCAGCCCAUCCUGGACAGCUUCCCCAAAGAUGUGGACCUCAGCCAGCCCCGGAAGGGCAGAAAGCCCCCGGCCGCCCCCAAGGCUUUGGUACCGCCUCCCAGACUCCCCACCAAGAGGAAGGCCUCAGAAGAGACUCGAGCUGCAGUGCCAGCAGCCCUGACUCCAAGGGGCACCUCCAGCUCAGGCUCUCAACUGAAGGCCAAGCCCCCCAAGAAGCCGGAGAGCAGCGCAGAGCAGCAGCGCCUUCCACUCGGGAACGGGAUUCAGACCAUGUCAGCUUCAGUCCAGAGAGCUGUGGCCGUGUCCUCUGGGGACGUCCCGGGAGCCCGAGGGGCCGUGGAGGGGAUCCUCAUCCAGCAGGUGUUUGAGUCAGGGGGCUCCAAGAAGUGCAUCCAGGUCGGCGGGGAGUUCUACACUCCCAGCAAGUUCGAAGACCCCGGCGGUGGGAAGAACAAGACCCGCAGCAGCAGUGGCCCGAAGCCUGUGGUUCGAGCCAAGGGAGCCCAGGGCGCUGCCCCCGGUGGAGGUGAGGCUAGGCUGGGCCAGCAGGGCAGGGUUCCUGCCCCUCCGGCCCUCCCCAGUGACCCCCAGCUCCACCAGAAUGAGGACGAGUGUGCCGUGUGUCGGGACGGCGGGGAGCUCAUCUGCUGUGACGGCUGCCCUCGGGCCUUCCACCUGGCCUGCCUGUCCCCUCCGCUCCAGGAGAUCCCCAGUGGGACCUGGAGGUGCUCCAGCUGCCUGCAGGCAACAGUCCAGGAGAUGCGGCCCCGGGCAGAGGAGCCCCGGCCCCAGGAGCCACCGGUGGAGAGCCCGCUCCCCCCGGUGCUUAGGUCGGCGGGAGAGGAGGUGAGAGGUCCACCCGGGGAGCCCCUAGCCGGCAUGGACACCACUCUUGUCUACAAGCACCUGCCGGCCCUGCCUUCUGCAGCCCCGCUGCCAGGGUUGGACUCCUCGGCCCUGCACCCCCUGCUGUGUGUGGGCCCUGAGUGCCAGCAGAACCCGGCUCCUGGUGCGCGUUGCGGGGUGUGUGGAGAUGGUACAGACGUGCUGCGGUGUACUCACUGUGCUGCCGCCUUCCACUGGCGCUGCCACUUCCCAGCGGGCACCUCCCAGACUGGGACGGGCCUGCGCUGCAGAUCCUGCUCAGGAGACGUGACCCCGGCCCCUGUGGAGGGGGUGCUGGCCCCCAGCCCCGCCCGCCUGGCCCCUGGGCCUGCCAAGGAUGACACUGCCAGUCACGAGCCCACUCUGCACAGGGAUGACCUGGAGUCCCUUCUGAGUGAGACGCUGGCGUUACCACUAGACCAAGGAGCCCUCUGGUGGCCGUGUCUGGGCAUAACAGAAGGCUCGCAGUCCUGUCUUCUGGUCACACCUUACUAUGUCCCCUCAGCUCCUAUCUCUGUAUGGCCUGGCUUUUCCUAGGUUAUGAUUAUAGAGCAGGGAUUAUUAUAAUAUUGGGAUAAAGAGUAAUUACUACCAACUAAUGAUUAAUGAUAUUCAUAUAUAAUCAUAUCUAAGAUCUAUAUCUGGUAUGACUAUUCUUGUUUUUUUU